AUGGGCUCCUUGUGGAACUAUCUUGGCCUUGGCUCCACCUCCGCCAAUGGCGAGAAGAAUGCCAUGCGCGCUUUGCCGUCCUCAUGGUACACCUCUCAGGAGAUGUUCGAGCUAGAGCGCCGGGCGAUCUUCUCCCGCAAAUGGCUGCUGACCACCCACAAACUACGUCUCCCCAACCCCGGGGACUGGCUCCGCUACGAGGUCUCCGGCUUUCAAUUUGUUAUCGUCAAGGACCGCGAGGGAAACAUCAACGCCUUCCACAAUGUCUGCCGCCACCGUGCAUUCCCCGUUGUCACUGAAGAAAAGGGAACAUCCCGCAUCUUCGCCUGCAAGUACCACGGAUGGUCGUAUGGGCUAAACGGCAAGCUGGCCAAGGCGCCGGGCUAUCAGGAGCUCGACGGUUUCGACAAGAGCAAGAACGGCCUUUUGCCGAUCCACGUGCAUAUCGACGCCAACGGCUUCAUCUGGGUCAAUCUUGACGCUGGCGAGAUACCCGAGGUCGCCUGGGAGGAUGACUUUAAGGGAAUGGACCUGCUGCCCCGGUAUGAGCACGUCAAGUGGGACGAGUACACCUUUGACCACACUUGGGAGCAGGAGGGCGACUAUAACUGGAAGAUUCUGGCGGACAACUACAACGAGUGCUAUCACUGCGCGACAACACACCCUGACAUUCCGUCCAUUGCUGAUCUGAGCGCCUACUCCGUCGAAACCAGGGACGGCGGCAUUAUCCACGAUGGGCGCAGCAAGCCGGAGCAGGUUGCAGCCGGAUUGAAUCCCGCCAGCACAUAUUUCUUCCCCAAUGCCUCCAUAACCGUCUCGCCCCACUUCUUCUUCAUGCAGCGCUUCGUCCCCCUCUCGCCCACCCGAUCCAUUAUGAAGUACGAAGUCUACCGCAACAAGAACUCCUCAGAUGAAGACUUCGAGACAAUCAACCAGAUCUACAAGCGCAUCAUGUCCGAGGACAAGUACCUCUGCGACCUGACACAGAAGAACCUGAAUGCUGGCGUCUUCGUCAACGGCGAGCUGCACCCCGAAAUGGAAAAAGGACCGCUGUACUUCCAGAAGGUCGUCCGGGAUCUCGUGGUGGAGCACUACGAGCGUGAGCAAAAGGCCAAGCAGGAGAUCUGGCCCGCGAGGCAGAACCUGCCGAAGACUGCGACCGUCAGCGAGAAGGAUAUUUCGUUCUGCUCUAGUCUGAGCUGUCAGGCGACUGAGUGCGUGCAGCCGCCUGCGACUAUUGCGUGGUGA